CUGCGGCUGGUGCUCGUCCAGUAGCCAGUGCAUGCCAGGAGACUACUUCUCUCCCAACGCUGGCCUUGGAGCUUGUCCGGUCGGGUGGAGUGUGGGGGCAUUUGCCAACUGCCCUCAGAACAACAACAUCUGGUUGGUCGGCAUCAUCUGCGCCGCCAUCAGCACCUUCCUCAUCGUGAUCUUGUGCAUUCACUUCAUCCUCCGCAUCCGAGCCGCUUCCAACCGGCGGCCCCGCUUGAUGUUCUUCCAGUACGGCGAUCAGUCUGGUGGCCUCGUGGCGCGGGAGCAAGUUCAACGCUUCCUUGACACCUUCCCUACGUUCAAGUUCGAUGAGAACAAGCUUCCCCCGUCUUUCUCAGCUUCACGAUCAUCCGAGGCAGAAGGUCAGACAGAAGGUCAGACAGACGGCCAGGACGAGGAGGACAACCGACCGACAUGCUCGAUAUGCCUUGGCAACUUCUUCACCGGAGAAGACUGUCGCAUGCUGCCUUGCCUACACGUCUUUCACAAGAACUGCAUCGACCAGUGGCUCUCGAUGAGUCAAGAAUGCCCCUUGUGCAAACGCUCCGUCAUCAGCAUGGCCAGCGAGGGGGAAAACUCGACAGCAAGCGCUUACCUGGUGCUUUUGCAGCAACACCAACAAAACCAACGUCAGCAGGAUCAGAAUGCAAGUCUAGGACAACCUCAUGAGAGCCAGGAGCCGGCGGGGCAUCAGAACGAGCCGGGGGGUCAUCAGCACGAACAGCAGGCUCGCGCUCCGACAGCAACAGCGGCUGUACCAUUUGACGACAGUAGAGUCGAGGGGAUCGUCGAUCAGUGCAGAGAUGAGGGUGAUAGCGAAGGGUCUGUGGACGCUGUUGUAUGAUGUAUGUGAACCCUUUUGAGGAGAGGCCGAUCUGCCAUUUUAAGUUAGAAGCGUGAGAGAAUCGUCUGUAAAACUAGUUUAACAGUACAAUAUUGUUGCCCGAUG